CUUCAGCGUCGCCGUCUCGGUUCCUAUCUCUCUCCGCUUUCUUGAUCUUGGGGGUUAGAUUUUAUUCAGCUGCAUUUACAAUCUGCAAAUAACUUCGAGUUGUCAGUGUUACUGCAACUCUCCUCCACCAUGGCGCAAAGCCCAGUGGCCGUCGUCUGCGUGGGCAUGGCAGGCUCCGGCAAGACGACCUUCAUGCAGAGAAUCAACGCCCAUCUCCACUCGCAGAAUAAAAUUCCGUACGUGGUCAACCUCGACCCCGCCGUCCACUCCGUCCCCUUCGAGAGCAACAUCGACAUCCGCGAUUCCAUCAACUACAAAGAAGUCAUGAGGCAGUACAAUCUGGGUCCCAACGGCGGUAUCCUGACGUCUCUGAACCUAUUCGCCACCAAGGUCGACCAGAUCAUCGCGCUGCUGGAGAAACGCACCGCUCCAAACCCGGAGACUCCGACCGCCAAGCCGAUCGAGCACGUCCUGGUCGACACGCCGGGUCAGAUCGAGGUGUUUGUGUGGAGCGCGUCGGGGAGCAUCUUUCUCGAAACGCUGGCGUCGUCGUUCCCCACUGUCAUCGCUUACGUUAUUGAUACCCCGCGGACGAGCUCUACUAGCACGUUCAUGAGUAACAUGCUGUAUGCUUGCAGUAUCCUUUACAAGACGAAGCUUCCGAUGAUCCUUGUGUUCAACAAAACCGACGUGCAAGAUGCCGAGUUUGCGAAGGAGUGGAUGACCGACUUCGACGCUUUCCAGCAGGCGCUGCGUCAGGAGGAGGACACCGGCGCCUUCGGGACGGAGGGUGGCACCGGCGGUUUCGGCGCCGGCAGUGGAUACAUGGGCUCGCUGUUGAACAGCAUGAGUCUGAUGCUAGAGGAGUUCUACAGCCACCUAAAUGUCGUCGGGGUGAGUUCGAUGACCGGUGACGGUAUCGAGGACUUCUUCACCGCCGUCGAGGACAAGCGUCAGGAGUUCGAGCGCGACUACAAGCCCGAGCUGGAGCGCAAGAAGAAAGAGCGGGAGGAGAUGAAGGCCACGCAGCGGGAGCAGGAGUUGGGCAAGCUGAUGAAGGAUAUGAACGUCAGCGGGUCCGGGUCCAGCCAGCGCAAGAAUGCCGAGCCUGAGACUGUCAGUGAGGCGGAGGAGGAAGAGGAGGAGAUUACACGUCGGGGCGCGGGGCUGGACGAGGAUAGCGAUGAGGAUGAGGCUAAUGUGCCCCGGGCGGGCGACAGCGAGGGUCUCUCGCAGCGGUACCGGGAGGCGUUUGCGGAGGCCCAGAAUAAACCGUCUGAUCAAGACAUGAGCUUUACGAGAUAUCUGCGUGCGAACAACAUGAACCAAUGAGUUGAUGAGAAAUGGAAUUUUU